AUUUGACGUUCGCGAAUCCACUGCAAUUAUUUUCCAGCAUUAUAAAACCUUUUGUGAAAUAUGGCAGAAGGCCAUGACGACUCAGCUAACGCAGAAGACAUAGUUGUGCCAUCUAUCCCAGCAAUAACUGAACAAGAAAGAGAGAAUGCCAGCAUUUCACAUGCCGAGUUUGAUAAAGGUCAAUAUGACGCAUGUUUGAACACAAUAAAUAAAUUGAUGAGUACACGAUCAUCAGAUCCAAGAGUUGUCCACAAUAAAGUCAUUGUGGAAUAUUACAGAAAUGGCUUUAAGAAGACAGAUGAAUUUCGGAAAAAUAUGGCGGCUGUUUGUCAACAGGCUCAUAUAGACAUUGACAAUGUAUCAAACAUUGAUGAUGCUGACCAGUGCAUCAUAUACUAUAACCAGGCUGUAAUGCUAUUCUACUUACGCCAGUAUAAGACAGCUCUCAAUAUUGCUGAAAAAUUGUUCCAGUUUGUGGAACCUCUAGAUGAAUAUAUUGGGAGAAGGAUAGUGUUCUUACUGGUUGAGCUUCACUUAUGUACAAGGCAACCUGAUAAAGCUAUGGGCGUAUUGACUUUUGCCGAGAAAAAUUUAGUUGGAAAUGGUAAAGGUGAAAAGGGUGACAGUGACUCCACCUAUAAACAAAAUCAGAUUGAACAGUUGAAACUGCGCCUAAGUCAGUACAAGGCAAGAUGUUACAUCAUGUUGAAGUCCAUGAAAUCAUGUAAAAGAGAAGUGAAAUACCUCAUGAAUGCAGCUGGUGUGACAGUUCCAGUGAUCUACAUCAAAGCUAACUUUGAAUGUAUUCGAGGAAACUAUCGUAAAGCAAUAAAAGUUCUCAACUCCUGUGGACCUUCAAAAAAUGUUCUUGAAACUGGAGAAAGUGUUCCAGUCAUGUACUACAAUGCUAUGGGUUUGAUACAUUUCAACAUGAAGAAACACAAUUUAGGAGCAUUUUACUUCAAGAAAGCUAUACAGGAAAAUGAGACUGUGACUAGAGAAGUGAACAAAAAAGAAUUUGGUAAAUCUCUGUCAGGACGUCCUGUACAAUGCUUGACACUGAGUCGUCAUUAUGAGCUGUUAUACAACAUGGGCAUUCAGUUAUUGCAUUGUGGUCGCCCCCUUGCAGCAUUUGACUGUCUUAUAGAGGUGAUCCAGGUGUUCCAGGUGAACCCACGACUCUGGCUGCGACUGGCAGAGUGCUGUGUCAUGGUGCACAAACAGAGCAAUGAUGAUGACCGCAGACUAGAGGAGCGUCAGAAAGUCAUCAAUGGUUCAGUUGGGAGUGGAGUUCAUCGUAAACUUAUUCUCGGGACAGGUUUACAUAACAAAGACAAACUUUCUGGGGAGUCUGGUGUGAUGCCCAGUGCAACAUUGGAGUUUGCAGCUCUUUGUUUACGAAAUGCUCUUAGUUUGCUCCCAGAAGACAGCUCCUCUACAGACUCUAGCACAAGAGUGUCCUCUAAUGAAGACUCUGAACAGAAAGGAGGUGGUGAUAUUGUACUAGUUGAUGCAAGUCCUGGUAAUCCUAUGAAACCUGGGGAGGUAGCAAAUAUAAGGUGUUCCAUGCUCGCACAGAGUGCCUAUGUGGCUCUUUGUCUAAAGGAUUAUCUCAUGGCUUUGUCACAUGCAGAAACACUUCUCAAGCAAUCUCGACUUUCAGGUGCACAUAGAUACCUAGGCCACAUGUAUGUAUCAGAAGCCCUAGCUCAACUUGACUGCAUAGCAGACAGCAUCAGUCAUCUGAACCCUGAGGCUGUCACUGAUGUCCUCACAACUUUUCCAGAACAAAAACAUAUUGACCCGGAAAAGGAGAAGAAUGGGGAUCAAGAACAUUCAGAAUCUGAUGGUGGCGCUUUGUUCCCUUGGGCACCAAAAGAUGUCACUAAGGCCCGAGCCAUAAUGCAGUACAAUCUUGCAGUUGCCCAUGCCAUGAGGGAAGAGUACGAAAAAGCUAGCACAAAUCUGUCAAAGAGUAUUGCAGGGAUUGGGACACCUCUUCCAGCACAAACAUAUUUCCUCAGACUUUACUUAGAUCUAAUUGAAGGCCGCAGAAGAAUCGCACAAGGAAUAAUUAAGGAUCAUUUUGGUCAUGUGACCCCAAAUAGAGUUUAGCAUUUUGGGAAAUGUAAUAAGAUGGACUUAAAAAGAGGCCCCAUGGAUAAAAGCACACCCCUUUUAAACAAAGAAUACGGGGAUAGACUUUCAUCCAUCUUUAAAAGUAUAAAAGGAAAUUGAGAAAUAUCCAGGAGAGCCCCCUGGAGGGAGCUUUUUUACGGGACAUAUUUCUCAAAUCUUGCAUGUGGAAUAUCAUUGUUACAAUUGAACAUCUGAACUUCAUGACAUGUUUUAGAAAUAGAUUUAUAAAUAAUAACAUAAAUGAAUUCCACUUUAUUUGCCCUAAAGACAUAUUUGAGUUGUCAAUUUAAUUGACAUAAUGAUCAACUGGAUCUUAUUUUAUGUUUUAAAAUUAAUUAUCUCUCAAUAAACAAAC